UAACAUAUUCCUCUAAUUUUUUUUCCAGGGUUUAACGUGCUUCUUGUGUUACGCCAUCUUCGCUGCUGUGCUUGGAAUGUUCCAGUUUGGCUACAACACUGGAGUUAUCAAUGCUCCACAGUCUGUUAUUGAGAACUUCAUUGGUGACUGCUGGAAGGAACGAUACAACAAUAACAUUGAAGGCAGCAAGCAGGAUUUGAUAUGGUCCAUUGCUGUAUCUAUCUUCGCUAUUGGUGGAAUGAUUGGUGGUUUCUGCGGUGGCAUAGUAGGAAACAGGUUUGGCAGAAAGAAGGGCUUACUCCUAAACAACCUUUUGGGAGUGGGAGGAGCAUGUCUCAUGGGCUUCUCUCAAAUGUUAUACUCUUUUGAGAUGCUCAUCCUAGGUAGAUUGGUCAUUGGCAUUAACUGCGGAUUGAACACCUCGCUAGUUCCCAUGUACAUCAGUGAGAUUGCCCCUCUCAACCUACGUGGUGGGCUAGGAACUGUCAACCAAUUGGCUGUCACAGUAGGCCUGCUCCUCUCACAGGUUCUUGGCAUUGAGCAACUUCUUGGGAAUAGCAAUGCUUGGCCUCUUCUCCUAGGUCUUGCCAUUGUCCCAGCUGUGAUGCAGAUGGUGCUGCUGCCAGUGUGUCCAGAAUCUCCACGCUACUUGCUCAUGUCACGCCAGUUAGAGGAUGAAGCACGAAGAGCCCUAAGGAGACUGCGUGCAUCAAGUCAUGUUGAAGAAGAUAUUGAAGAGAUGCGAGCAGAGGAAGCAGCGAGCCAGACUGAAGCUCACAUGAGUAUGUUGCAGCUGGUGCGUUCAUCAGCACUGCGCAUGCCACUCACAAUUGGCAUUGUUAUGCAGCUCUCCCAGCAGUUGUCAGGCAUUAAUGCG